AUGUCUUGGAGACAGGUCAUUCUCCUGUCAUCUCUCUCGGCUCUGGUGCUCCUGUGUAUGUUACAGGAGGGGACCAGUGCUUCUGUGGGCAACAGACAGGCAGCUGGAGAGGAAGUGCAAGAAGGCAUGAAACAGAAGAUUUUCAUGCAAGAAUCUGAUGCCUCAAAUUUCCUCAAGAGGCGUGGCAAGCGGUCUCCUAAGUCCCGAGAUGAAGCCAAUGCGGAAAACAGACAGAAGCUGCGGGAUGAUGAGCUGCGGAGAGAAUAUUAUGAGGAACAAAGGAAUGAGUUUGAGAACUUCGUGGAGGAACAACGAGAUGAGCAGGAAGAGAGGACCAGGGAGGCAGUGGAGCAGUGGCGUCAGUGGCAUUAUGAUGGUCUGUAUCCUUCCUACCUCUACAACCGCCAAAACAUCUGA